AUGGCACGUACUGUCAGAUGGCGAAAGGCUUUUAAUUCAGAACUUUUCAAAGUUCAUUUGCAGGCUAAGGAAGCAAGAGUUCAUCCACAUCAAGAUACGAAUGCAUUCAUAUCAGAACCAAGAUUGAUUCCCCCGGCUGAUGACAAGUCAAAAUUGCCCCUUCUCAAACAAGAGAAUGGCCCCAAAAAACUCCUCCCUAAGGUAUCGCGAGCUGUUGCCGUAAAAGACAACAUAGCAACCAUUUCAGAAACAACGACAUGCGCAUCUCGUAUUCUCGAGACAUAUCAGAGUCCUUUUGAUGCUUCCGUGGUAGAAGAUGUCAAAGUUGGCACUGGAAAUGUCGCGGGGAAGACGAAUAUGGAUGAAUUUGGAAUGGGUUCGCAUUCAUUAAACUCACACUUCGGUGCUGUCCGUCACCACAAGCCUUUCCGGUCGAGAUCGGUUGGAGGAAGCUCUGGUGGAAGCGCAAUGGCUGUGGCAACAAGCACAACUAACAUGGCACUCGGCACAGACACUGGUGGGUCAGUUAGAUUGCCAGCUGCAUACACUGGCACUGCAGGGUUUAAACCUUCGUAUGGCAUCGUAUCUCGCUUUGGUGUGGUGCCUUACGCGAAUUCGCUCGAUACUGUCGGCUUAAUAGCACGUGGUGCAAGUAGAAUACAUGAAAUAUUUUCGAGAUUGAGCAGUCAUGAUCCUCGGGAUCCUACGAGUAUCAAGCCCUCCAGUCGAGCCCGUAUCAAAGAACAGCGGAUGAGUUUUUUCGGAAAAACAAAGAUCUCUGCUACGCAUGAUCCAUUUUACCUUCGAGAGCUAAAGAUUGGUGUUCCAAUCGAAUAUAAUAUCUCAGAAUUGGACUUGGAAGUUUCAUGGGCGUGGCAACGGAUAUUGGAACUUCUUCAGCGUGAAGGAUGCACAAUUCUUCCCAUAUCACUUCCUAACACAAAACAUGCCCUUUCAGCAUAUUACGUACUUGCCGCAGCCGAAGCGUCCUCUAAUCUUUCAAAAUAUGAUGGAGUUAGGUACGGAACUCGUGACCAAUCGAGUGAUGGGGCCGGAGAUGUCCUCUAUUCCGAGACCAGGGGCGCUGGCUUUGGAGACGAAGUGAAGAGGCGAAUUCUUCUUGGGUCAUAUUCACUGAGCUCUGAUGCUAUUGAUAAUUACUUUAUUCAGGCACAAAAGGUUCGACGGUUGGUUCAGAGAGAUUUUGACCGUGUCUUCUCCAUGCCCAAUUUUCUACACCCAGAAGAACAAUUUGAUCUUAGUGAUAUGGAAGAAGGAAUUGCACUCGAAGAUAAACUGGGCCCCGCUGAAGUGGACAUUAUCCUCUGUCCCACAGCUCCCACUCUUUCACCAACUGUUCAAGAUAUUACUGAGCGUCAAACACCGGUUGAUGCCUAUAUGAAUGAUGUAUUCACAGUGCCUGCUAGUCUUGCUGGUAUACCCUCCAUCAGCAUACCAUGCAAAUUGCCAUUCAAAUUUUCCAAACAGAGCGUGCCUUCGACUGUUGGCAUUCAAAUCAUGGGCCAGCACUCAGACGAUGGCCGCACUUUACAAGUUGCCUCCAUGAUAGAGAUGUUGUGGGAUUCUCAAGUAGAUGAGGGUUGGAACAAGGACUUCCACGAGUGGCAGGAACGAAGUUUAAAACAAUCGAACGCAGAUAUAGUAGGGUUAUCAGAGAUGAUAAGUCAGGCCUCCACUUCCGAGGAGGCGGAAACGCUCCGGAAAAGGCGCGUCGAGAAGAAAAGGCAGCGGCGGGUACAAACCAGGGAGUUUCAAAGGCAAGUGUGUGAAGAAGAUAUGGAUAAAUGGCAGAAGUUGAGGUUUGGAGACGAGAAGUCGACCCAAACAGCAGGUAUGGUACGGUGA